GGAGAAAAGUAACGAAAGUCUUCAGAGAAGUUGACAGAGUAAACGACAAAAGUCUGCUGCGUUACUUAGGCAAGAAGAAGAGAUGAUUGAUUGAGAAAAUCCAUUGCCAGUUUAACAACUCCACCUAACCAAUCUCUAAAUAAACCUUGUAACGUCGUCGUUUCUCGCUUUCCCUCAACUUCCUCGUCUCGUCUCCGGUCACUGUUACGGUGGUAAACCGUUACGCGCAAUUGCCAACUGUGUUGUUGACCGUUCAACUCUGUUUGAACAAAAAAGAAAAACGUUGGAAUUUCAAGUGUUUGGUGGAAGAAAAUUCUUGAGGCCUAGUUUGUUUGUAGGAGCAGAAAUAGUUGAAGCUUUUGGAGGGUUUAAGCAAUUGGGGUUGGCAGAAAAACAAGAGGAUGAAUCCGAAUUGGGAACUCAGAGAUUGUUGUAACCGUGAUCAAAGGAUCUUUCUUAUUACCAUUGGUGUAUUCACCGUCGUCAUUCUUGUCUUAUGGAGGACAUUUCUCCUGACACCUUUCAAGCUCAUUACUGUAUUUCUUCACGAAGCAAGCCAUGCAAUCGCUUGUAAGCUCACAUGUGGUCAGGUGGAAGGAAUGCAAGUUCAUGCCAAUGAAGGGGGAGUGACACAAACACGUGGCGGUGUUUAUUGGUUGAUCUUGCCUGCUGGAUAUCUUGGUUCGUCUUUUUGGGGGAUGGUUCUCAUACUUGCAUCGACAAAUCUUCUCACUGCAAAGAUUGCCGCUGGUUGUUUCAUCGCUGCUCUUUUUAUCGUGCUCUUCAUCGCCAAAAAUUGGACACUGCGAGGACUUUGCAUCGGAUUUAUCAUUUUCAUUGCUGUAAUAUGGGUUCUGCAAGAACUAACAAAAGUUCGCAUUCUUCGCUACGUAAUUCUCUUCAUAGGUGUUAUGAACAGCUUGUUUUCAGUUUAUGAUAUAUAUGAUGACUUAAUAUCUAGAAGAGUGCACUCAAGUGAUGCUGAGAAGUUUGCUGAACUCUGUCCCUGUCCUUGUAAUGGUGUUGGUUGGGGAGUUAUCUGGGGAAUGAUAUCUUUUAUAUUUCUUUGUGGAGCGAUGUACCUUGGACUUGUCAUUCUCUCAUGAGGUUCAUUCAGAUGAAUUUGAGGGCCUUAAAAUCCUGAAGAUAGUUGCAGUUAUUGCUCACAUAUUCUUUUCCAUUCCUUUCAAUGCUGUUGUAUAGCUUUUAGACAUCAACCAUUAGAUUCAGACAUUUAUUUUUUGCCAUCACUAAACCAGUGGCCUUAUUCUUUCACACCCUUUCUUGGAUGUGGUUAACAUAGUCAUGAGUUUGAGGUAAUUGAAAAUUGAUUAUUUAGCAUUAUACUCAA